GCCAACUGAACAGAGUGGAUGAAUCAGAAGCAGUAGAAAUUUUCAACAUAAACAAAAAGUGAAAAGAAGUUUGAAAUUUAUAGUAAAUAAAGAGCAAAACAAAAACAAUUUACAAAACACUUUGCCAGCGUGAAGAUUUUCUAAAGUAAAACUUGUGCAAAAAAUACCAACAAAUUAAUAACAAACAUUUGUUGGUAGCAAGCAGUUUAGAAUUUCUUCAAGUGCAGCAACAAAAAAAAAGUGUAUACGCACGCACUCACACACGCGCAUACAUACAAACAACAAUAUGGUCGUACCAGCAACAGUUAAUUUCCUAAAAUCAAAAUGGCGCAUAUUCGCUUCUGCUCAUCCGCUUGCCAAAGGUGUUAUCUGUUAUUCGGUUGUAUUUCCGACGAGUUGUUUCUUGCAACAAACAAUCGAAGGCAAAGAUUUUAAGGAUUAUGAUUGGAUGCGUAUAUUGCGUUAUGGUCUCUUCGGCAGCUGUUAUGUGGCACCCACUUUGUAUGCUUGGUUGCGAUGUGCUUCAACAAUGUGGCCUCAAACGAAUUUGCGUGUGGGUGCACUGAAGGCCGCUGUCGAACAAAUCUCAUAUGCACCUUUUGCCACCACCAGUUUCUACUUCGGCAUGAGCUUGUUGGAAGGUAAAGGAUUUGAUGGAGCCGUUGAGGAGGUUAAAGAUAAAUUUCCAAAAACUCUCGAAAUUGCGAUUUGUAUUAUUCCACUGCUGCAAACGAUUAACUUCGGCUUAAUACCUGAACCGAAAAGAAUUUUCUUUAACAGUUUUUAUAAUAUUUUCUGGUUAACAUUUAUAUCGCACACGCAUAGAAUGAACGAUAAAGCGAAAGCGCAACAGGCUCAGUUGCAAGCUCAACCCAGACAACAGCUAAAACAAUUCCAACAUCAUUUAUCAGUGCCGAAAAAUGAGAGUUUCAUACCAAAAGCCAAUAAUGUUUUGGCGCUAUAAUGACUGAAAUACAAUUACUUAUUUAUGUAUUGCAUAUACAAAUGCAAAUACAAACUUAUACACACGUACUUAUAUUUAGAAUAUUAAAAAGAAUAAUGUGAUUAUAUACGCUUACCUCAAACUGCAUGCAGAAUAUACAUAAUAUUAAGCAAUCUACCUCUAGGGAUGUAAAUAUAUAUAUAUG